UUGACGAAAUAAGUGUUUUUUCAUGCUCAUUAUUUUAAUAUUCAACAUGCAUAUAUGUAUAUAGAAAAUAUGGUUUUCAUUUCAGUUCUAUUUUAGUUUUUGUUGGAUAUAGAGGUUGUUCUGAAAAGAUCAAGAUUUUUAAAUAAUUCAAUGAUUCUUAACUUUAUUACGUUAAUACUUUUACAACGCCUCGUAUGGACUGUUCAAGCCCCAGGAGCGAUAUACAAUAGUAUUAAUCAUUAUAAAUUAUCAUCUAGUAACGGAGAGCAAAUUCCCAAAGAAUUUUAUCUUUCCAUCGAAAAUUCAAAUGAAUUUAAACUAAAUCUGCAACGUAAACUCCUACAUUUCCUAGAAAAUAUUCAAAAAAAUUUAACCAUAUCGACAGUGUUUGGUUCUUUCCAAAAUGAUUCCCCGAAUGCUGCCAAAUAUAUACAUAGGUUGCAAGAGUUAUCUAUGUUUUUUUAUGAAGCUUCCUAUUCAGUCGAAAAGUUUGCCAUUGAAAGUGAAAAAUUUUUCGAGAUCAUAAAAAUUACAAGUAAUAGUUUAUUGUUAAAACUACGACAAGUCCCUAAAGCUCAACCAACACACGUAAAACUCUUGCUAACUAAUUAUUUUUCGGAAAUGGAGUUCUUUCAUAUUUUUUUUUCCGAAGUGAUUGAUGAGGCUUUGGAAUAUACUACGACGAUAUUGCAGACUAUACAGAAACUUUUUUAUUCCUAUGCUGAUAUUCAAAAUGGUAUUCUUAAAAACUGGAAACUGAAGCAUAAUCUGGAAUGCUGCAAAUUAUAUGCUGAUUUUUUACAUCAUCAUUCUGCAAGGAUAUUUAAAUGCGCAACUGCGGAUAAACUGCAAAUUGCUUUCGACUUGUAUUCUGUAACAAAGAUAAAUGCAAAAUACAUAGUGAAACAGCUUGAGUUUCGUAUUCAACGGCUUUUAAAUUGCAUAAAUUUUGGAAGUUACUCUAUAAGAUGUCCGUUUCUUAAUAACGCCGAAGGAGACUUUGAAACUCUAUUUAACAAACUCAGCGAACUUGAGCUUUAUUUAAAUAUAAAGAUGAAAAAAAGUGGCAUUUUCGUUACCAACAUUCGAAAUCACAAUGUUAAUAGUGACUUACGAAAAUUGCCAUACCUGGAAUCUUCUCAGCAAGCUUGCCUAUUAAAUGAUUUCCCGUAUAAUCAAAUGUCUAAGCAACUUAAGGAAUGUUUUUACUUUUUUAAUAGUCAAUAAAAAUCAAUUUAUAUAUUAACAUGUAAUACCUAAGUACGUUAAAUUUAAAAAUAAAAUAAAUAACUUCAAACUAAUUCUAAUGCACAUUUAUUAACGGUUUACGGUUAUAUUAUAGUAUAAUUGGAUAUAUUUUUUAUGUCAGAGGGAUAAUCUAAGAUUCCUUUCACAUUAUGGAGUAAGAUCGACGUUUCCAGAGGUAGAUGAAAGUUUAGGGACAGAGCCCAGGCACAGUAUUUAAGCACACAGUCUGAUUCUUCAUCGGAGCGGGGCAAAUAAACGUGUUUAACCCUUUGAAGAUCCAACCAUAAACUACUUUUUGAAAGUAAUAGACUAAAAAUAAGAUUGGCAGAUACAAAAGAAAAUUUUAAAGAAGUUUUAAGUUUUAAAAGACCUGAUAUGGUUGAUUGACAUGUCAAACAUGCCGGCAGUGAAAUCAUUAUGUGUUAUGUAUGACCUAGAAGGUUAUGGAUAAUUAAAGUACCUAAGAUUAGUAGGUCAAUAUCCGACAUAAGAUUCAAAACCGACCAAUAGCAAGUGACAAGUGAUGCCCGUAUGUAGCUGGUUCGAAUGACGGUGGAGUAUAAAUACAGGUAAUAAAAUACGAUGAGCAGAAAAUAUGAUUUUAGCGCAGAGAAAUUCAAAGUCCAAAAACUCUUGCUAUCUGAAUGGCCCCAACAAUUCUAAUAGGUUAUAGAAUUAGUUUUUCAAAGAACUAAUUAUAAAGAUAUUUGGAGUUUGAUCUUAACAAGCUUAGAAUAUUUUUCUUAAACAUUUUGUCAGAUGUCAAUUUCCGAGGUAUCAGGGGAUGAAGAAGACAUGAGACUAAAAAGGUGUUUUGCAGGUGAUUUUUUUAAAACUUAAAACUUUAAAACUUUCUUUUGUUUCUGAUUCUGAUGGAACGACGCAUAUUCUCGAGCAGAAUCUGCGCAUAUUAAAAUAAUAAAAUAAAUUUUGUCAGGACUACCGUCUGCUGUGAUUUCUAAAUUUGGAAUCGUUAUUUCACAUUUAAAGAGACAGUAUACGCCCAUAAACUCUAGCUUUUUUUUCGUUUUGUUAUAUUUUAAGAUCCUAAAAUAAAUGUUAAUGAACGAUGUCGAUCGUUUUUCUGAAAUCGUAUGGGAACUAAGGUUUAAUAACGUUGAUUCAAAAAUGAUGAAUACCAUAUAUCAAUGAAACAUGGAUUUCAUAGCACCAACGAAAAAACAGCAAGAAUCUCAAAUUGAAGCGGAU